AUGUCGCCGGCGGACGGCAAUCCGGGUUUUGGGCCAUGGAUGCUGGUGACUAGGAAAAGCCAGCGAAAUUCCAGGGAAGCUCCUAGAAAAGGAAAGUUAGAGAGUGAUACAGGGAAAUCUAAUAAGGAAGGUCUUCCCCAGAGUGGGAAAGGAGGAACGACUAUAAAAGACCCUCCCCAAGACUUGCCUUUACAGAAAAAGCUCAACGGUCCCUUACCAUCGUCGGCAACCUCUCAUGAGAAGAAAUCCCCAAAUGGUAAGAAAGGAAACUCGGAGACGAAACGUGGCAAAGAAAAGGCAGGAACGGAUGCUUCCGCGAAAGGAAAGGGAGUCCUUGGGCCGGGGCCCAGUUUUCAGAAAACCACCAACUCCUCAGGGCCGUCCAGCUCCUUCAAUGGGGCUUCCUCUUCAUCUAUCGAAGCGAGCUUUCAGCCCACUUCGUCCCCAGGGCCAGAACCAACCGGUCUUGGAUCGGCAGGCUUUGUGAAGGCGACGUCCAUUCUUCCCCCACCACCCAUUGUUCGUACAGUGACCGGUGAGAACGGCACCGUUUUGCAGAUUAUUGAGACCCCCCAGAAGCCGAACAACAAUGGCAAUGCCUCGAACAAUCCCUCGCCGUCGGUGGCGACCAGAACCAAACGAAACAAGAGCAAGAAAUCAGCAAGCAAGAAGUCGCCAGCAAAGUUUAAUCAUGCGAAGCCGCUGCAAAUCUGGUCCCCCAUGAAGGAAUGGAAGCCUAAAUCUAAGGCCAGAAUUGCUUCGCUCACCCUGCAGGAAAUAAAUGCGUGGACGGCAGCCGCGAAAGAAGUCACUGGAAACUCAGGGGAGAAGGUGGUUGUCUUUACAGGCGACACCAACGCGCCCACAGAUUGUGGAAGCAAUGAAUCCCAGACCCUGACCUAA